AUGGGCGAGUCCAGGCAGGAGCUUGUGCAAUGGCUCAACAGCCUCCUCCAGCUCAACAUCACCAAGGUUGAGCAGUGUGGUACUGGAGCCGCUCUGUGCCAGGUGUUUGACAGCAUCUACAUGGAUGUCCCCAUGUCCAAGGUCAAGUUCAACGCCAACGGCGAGUGGGCAUACAUCCAAAACUUCAAGGUGCUCCAGAACAUCUUCGCGAAGAAACAGAUCGACAAGCCCAUCCCCGUCGAAGCCCUCAUCAAGUGCAAGAUGCAGGACAACCUCGAAUUCCUCCAGUGGACCAAGAAAUUCUGGGACCUCAACUUCCCCGACCACGACUACGACGCCGUCGCCCGCCGAAAGGGUGGCGCCUUGCCCAGCUCCGCAAAGGCCCCUAUCGCGACUGGUGGCGCGCGGAGAGGAGGCACCACGCCUUCGACGGGCGCUCCCCGCCUCGCCAAGGCCGCCGGCCCCGGCACCGCCGCCCUGCAGCAGGAGAAUGCGACCCUCAAGGAGACGGUCUCUGGGCUCGAGAGGGAGCGCGACUUCUACUUUAGCAAGCUGCGCGAUAUUGAGCUGCUGAUCCAGCAGGCCGUCGAGGAGGACCCAGAACUGGAGAAGCAGGAGGACGGCCUCAUCAAGCAAAUCCAGGCCAUCCUGUACUCAACCGAGGAGGGCUUCGAGAUUCCCGAGGAGGAGGCGGCGCUCGACGACCAGGAGACCUUUUAG